AUGUCGUGGUGUGCCCUUCUCGACUGUUGCCUAAGCAACCGACUAGCAUUUCGUGGCUACGUCGGAGCUGAAGAAAGGGAAAAGCGUCAGAUAGACUUUCAGUUCCCAGGUCCAAGGAAUGAAGGUGAUCAGGGAGAUAGUGGACUUUACCAAGUUCCGCAAAGUCAGUUCCAAGCCCAGCCAGCCCAACCCUAUUCAGCUCCUCGUGGUAGCCCUAAGUAUGAUACAGCCCCUCAGCAGUCUUUAGAUGGAAAUGGUGGUUAUUCCGAUGGAGAGGAUGGGCCUACCACUCCUGAUCCUCUCUCCGUGCUUUUGGCAGGAUCCUCGUUUUCCUGUUCUGGAAAGAACGAAGGCUACUAUGCAGAUGACAGCAUAAACUGUCAAGUCUUCCAUUACUGUGCGGGAGAAACUAGCUACUCCUGGAUGUGUCCUGAGGGAACAGUAUUUCAUCAGGUUCAUCUAAACUGUGUGCCAUCUGAUCAAGACAUAUGUGACAGAUCUGAGAAAUACCACAUAGUCAACGACUAUUUGUAUAAAACCAUCGAUUUUGAAGGACCCAACAAAACAGCUCGCUACUACCAGCGGUACUAUCCCGAAGAGUUUCUUCUAGGAGCUCCAGCUCUCACGGACUUUGGAUUUCCAGAAGCUACCUCUAGUGGCUCUGGCGCUGAUGCUUCUGGGCCAGGAUCUGCUCCUAGGUCUAAUUCCUUUGGUGGUUCGCCUGCAUCGCGACCCGCCUCUAGGCCUCGUUCUUAUGAUGCACCUGCACCCCAACCACGACCCAGACCUCAAGCCCCUGGCCCCUCUCGACAACCUAAUUACCCUAACCUUCCUGAACUGCCACAACUUCCUCAGGUCUCCGGUAUUCCUCAGAGUCAGUCGCGCGUCCAAGCAGGUGGUAACAGUGGAGCUAGAAUCCCUAUUAGAUACAAUCCCAAUGCUUAUAGGGAUUCUACAGGAUCACUGUCGACGUCACAGGAUCAAGGAGGUGCUAGUGUACAGUUUGAUGACGUAUACAACUAA